UAUUAUCUAUAAAUUUGUAGAUUGUACUUUUUAUUUUGUAUGUACUGUAAAAAUAAUAUUACUUACAAAGUUACAAUUUACAUUCACACAUUGGUGGGUCGAAAGCAAGUUGAAUUUUUAUACUAUUUUUCAGGACAUUGUUGAGUAAAACGUUAUUAUUUUAUUGUUCAAACUUCGUCGUUCUAAUAAUUUCGUCAGAAUGACAAUGGGUGAUGAGUUACCCGUCACUUCCUUGGUUCUACCAGUUCUCAUACGUCCUGUAUUAUCACAGUUAGAGAAAUACCAUGUAGGAGGCUCACAGACUUUGAGAGCAGCUCUUACAAAAGCUGAGGCUGCUGUGCCUGGCCUUAAUUAUGACCUUGUUGCUGGGAUCAUGAGACGGGCUGAUAUACCAGUAAAUAUGAAUGAAAGUCUACUACGCUUGCAAGGAAGUCUUACAGAGGCUGAAUGUGCUGAUUUGAGGUUAAAUAGAUCAGAAGAAGCAUUCCAAGAACUUAAUAAGAAAUCAGCUGCUCUCAAAAAGAUAUUGAGUAGAAUUCCUGACGAAAUAACUGACCGUAAAACAUUCUUGGAAACAAUCAAAGAAAUAGCAUCAGCCAUAAAAAAACUCUUGGAUGCUGUUAAUGAAGUUUCUACAUAUACACCGGGUCCUGGUAAGCAAGCGUUGGAACAGAGGAAAAGGGAAUUUGUCAAGUAUUCAAAACGGUUCUCCAAUACACUCAAAGAAUACUUCAAAGAGGGACAGGCAAAUGCUGUAUUUGUGAGUGCUCUGUAUCUGAUACACCAGACUAAUCAAAUUUUGUACACUGUGAAGAAUAAAUCAGAGUAACACAUCACCACAGAGCCGCACAAUAUAAUACAGAGUAAAUACUUCGUUACUUUAAAUUAUUAUGUGUUUAUUAUGAAAAUGUGAAUAAAUUGUUGAUUAUUAAGGUGUUGCUA